AUGGAUGCUUUAGCGCUAGAAUCACAGACAUUUGAAAAAUCAAUAUCGCAAGAAAACAUAAAUACUAUAGUGGCGAAAGAUUCACACGAAAGCUAUGCUUUAACUGAAACAUUGGAAGAACCUAAAACAGAAGAAUUACAAGAAAAUAAAAUUGUAGUGAAUGUUGAGGAAAGUGUUGAUAAUAAAGAAAUAGAAUUACAAAGUAUCAAUCAUCUUUGUUAUAACUGGGGCAAUCCACCAGAAAUACUAUGUGAAGCACCAACAGAAUAUCAGCCAACUGAGUUAUGUGAAAAUUUUACAAAAGGUUGUCAAUGGUCCCCAGAUGGAACAUGUCUAUUAGUACCCUCAGAUGAUUUUAGAAUUAGAAUUUAUGAACUCCCUAGACAAUUAUACUCUGAAAAACUUCCUUUACAUUCAACGCCCCUAAACAUUACGGCAGUAUUAACUAUAAAAGAAGGAGGACUUAUAUAUGAUACCUGUUGGUACCCUUUUAUGAAUUCUUGGGAACCUGCAACCUGUUGUUUUUUAAGUACCAGUAGAGAAAGUCCAAUACAUUUAUGGGAUGCGUUUAAUGGUGAAUUACGAGCAACAUAUCGAGCUUACAACCAAGUGGACGAAGUAGAAGCUUCGAUCAGUGUUCAGUUUGUUGAUUCUGCAAGGGAAGUAUGGGCUGGAUUUAAAAAUGUUCUAAGACUUUUUGAUGUGGAACGGCCAGGUCGUCAGAUAAAUACUAUACAAUUUAAGAAGGACUUUCCAAAUGUUAGUGGAUUAGUUGCCUGUAUUCGAGAAAAUCCAAUUAUGCCUGGAUUGAUUGCCUUUGGUACAUAUUCUAAAUGUAUUGGUUUAUAUAGAAAUGGGCCACUAUGUUCUUUUAAAACUGGAAGUGGUGUAACUCAACUUGAGUUUAGUCCUUGUGGUACAAAAUUAUUUUCAGCUGUUAGACGUAGUAGUGAAUUUUUAUGUUGGGAUCUUCGUAAUCCAGGUACUGUACUUUACUCUCUUCAGGGACGUCAGUCAGAUACAAAUCAGAGAAUACAGUUUGGUAUAAUGCGUGAUGGCAAACAAAUAGUUUCAGGUGGUACAGAUGGAAAUAUUGCUGUUUGGGAAUUACCACAAAAUAUAGAUUACACACAUCUUAAUGUGUCAAAUAAAAUAAAAUUAUCUUGUGAUUGCAUAAAUGGAGUAAGUCUCCAUAAUAGUCUACCAAUACUUGCUACUAGUACAGGCCAAAGAUUGUGUGACAAUACUAUACAAAACAGAGACAAUAAUGUUAGACUAUGGUCUGUUACUUAA